CUUUCAGAGUUUUUUUGGAAGAGCGCCCGCUAGUUCCUAUCUGUUUUUUGCGGCUUGCUAUUUUAUUUUACCAAGUUUUUAAGGCCUGCCUUUUCUGGCUGUUCCUAUAUAACUGUUACAUACAUAGGGUUAAGGUGACAUGACUCCAGGGUCCACUGUAGUUGAUUCGCCUCAUCCAUAUUAUGAUGAGCAAGCCGGUGACCGAGAAAUUCGUAUACGAAGUUUAUUUGAUUCCCUCGACUGUGACAAUCGAGGAUUUCUCGACGCUGACGCUAUUCUCGACGGUUUCCUGAAACUUACCCAUUUACCUGCCCACACACGAUAUGCCACCGAUCUGUUAGCACGUUGUGAUACCGCUCGAGACGGGGUCAUUGACUUUGAAGAGUUUAAAGCCUAUGUUCUCGAGAAGGAAAAAGAACUUUGGGAUCUCUUUGCCCAGAUCAACAAGUCCGGUGAUUACAGACUUCAUCCAAACGAACUCGAAAGUGCAUUAAAAGCAGCUGGCAUACGAGUUACCAGGGACGAUAUUGAAGAAUUUAUACAAGCUAUUGACACGGAGGGUAAUGGAUAUAUUGAUUUCCAAGACUGGCGAGACUUUUUGCUGCUCCUUCCACGAGAAACAACCAUCACUGAAAUUUAUCGUUAUUACCAAACUUCGACGCAACUCACCCCUGACGCCGAAGUCAUCUUUCCUCAUACCGAUGAAGCUGCACGGAAUGCUUAUAAAUACCUCGCCGCAGGCGGCAUAGCAGGUGCUGUCUCGCGAACAUGCACCGCUCCUUUCGAUCGGCUCAAAGUAUACCUUAUUACGCAGACUUCUUAUAAUACAUCACACAAAAUCGCAGCAUCCAAAACCGUCGCCGAAUCAUCGUCAUCAUCCAUCGUAUCCGCGAUGCGAAAUAUUUAUUCACAAGGCGGCUUUCGCGCCUUCUUUGUCGGUAACGGCCUGAAUGUGAUGAAAAUCGUGCCUGAAUCGGCCAUCAAGUUUUAUGUAUUCGAGACGGCCAAAACCGUGUUGGCAGAGUUGACACAUUCGGAAGACAAAAAUGCUAUUCCUGUGGGUGCGCGGUUUGUGGCUGGUGGUGUAGCUGGUCUCUGUUCACAGUUUUGUAUCUAUCCCGUGGAAACAUUAAAGACACGGAUCAUGUCCACCAGGGUAGCUGGCGCGUCGAUACCGUCGAAACCCUCAUCGGGUGCGGCCCCUCGAUCUUUUGUCCUUCAAACAGCAAAAGACAUGUUCCGUGCAAACGGUAUUCGUGCAUUUUGGCCAGGGCUUACUCUAGGUCUUAUGGGCGUAUUUCCAUACCAAGCGUUGGACAUGGGCAUUUACGAGACUUUGAAGGUCACUUAUCUGCAAUACAUGAAUACACAAGCAAUGGCCGACAAAAAGACGGGUCAAAGUACACAACCGAAUGUUCUGGUAUUAUGGGCGUGUGGCAUGGUCAGCGGUUCCAUUGGUGCAUCUAGUGUUUAUCCACUGAAUAUGAUCAGAACAAGAUUACAAGCUCAAGGUACACCUGGGCAUCCACAUAGAUACAACUCAGCCUGGGAUGCGGCAAAAAAGACAUUUCAAGCGGAUGGUGUGCGAGGAUUUUAUAAAGGGCUUGGUCCAACUCUUUUCAAGGUUGUGCCAUCAGUUAGCAUCAGCUAUGCAGUGUAUGAAUUCAGUAAACGGUCUCUGGGCAUAUCAUAGAAAGAAAAGGAAAAACAAAAAAAAAAGGACAAGUUUUUUCUUUUUCUGCCAUAUUUUUUUUUCUUUUUUUACUUUAUAGAACAUAGGGUUUUCUCUUUUUUUUCCCUCUAGAAAUUGUACAUAAGUCAUGUAAGCGUAAUUGGUAGAGAUGAGAGUACAAGAAAUAUAAUACACAACGAACUAAAAAAAACGAAACAUAAAAAAAGAGGGUUUGCCAAUUGACAAUAAUCAG